GAUUUGGCCCCUGCCGGCGGCUGUAGCGGACGCUGCGCUCCUCCCCCGGUCGCGCCGCAGCUUCCUGUGAGGAGCGAAUGGAAAGUCCGGCCCGGGGCUGCGAAUUGACUUGGAAAAACUAAAAGGUGAUCAUGCACCAUGGCAGCGGUCCCCAGAAUGCUCAGCGCCAGCUCCAGAGGUCCAGGUCCUUCACAGGCAGCGAGGGAGAAGAGCAGCAGACAAACCUACCCCAGUCCCCUGCAGCUUCGUUCGCUCCUUCCGCCAGCCCGUCCGCGCCACAGUCGCCCAGUUACCAAAUACAGCAGUUUAUCAUGAGCAGAAGCCCGGUGGCUGGGCAGAAUGUAAACAUCACGCUGCAGAAUGUUGGACCUGUGGCUUCAGGAAACCAGCAGAUCACACUAACGCCCUUGCCGAUCCCGAAUCCGACAUCACCGAGUUUUCAGUUCAGCCCUCAGACAAGGAGGUUUGACCAUGGGUCUCCAUCGUACAUUCAAGUUACUUCACCGUUGCCCCAGCAGGUCCAGUCUCAAAGUCCUACGCAGCCCAGCCCUGUGCCGGUGCAGUCGAUACCAAACGUUCGGGCAGGCACACCUGGUCCUGGCUUGGGUAUGUGCAGCCAAAGUCCUACGAGAGGGUUUGUAGAUGCCAGUGUCCUAGUGAGACAGAUCAGUCUGAGCCCAUCGAACGGUGGACACUUUGUGUAUCAAGAAGGGUCAGGGAUUGCACAGAUCGCUCAAGGAGCUACAGCACAAGUGCAGCUUCCCUCUUCUGGAGCACCAGCUACAGUAAGAGAACGCAGGCUUUCACAGCCUCAUUCACAGACCGGUGGCACCAUUCACCAUCUUGGACCUCAGAGUCCUGUAGCUAGUGGAGCAAAUAUGCAGCCUUUGACCAGUCCAGGUCAUAUUACAACUACUAGCCUGCCACCACAGAUCAGCAACAUUAUCCAAGGGCAGCUCAUGCAACAGCAGCAGCAAGUGCUUCAAGGGCAGCAGUUGAGCCGACCCAUAGGAUACGAUAGGACUUCUGGUGGAUUAAUAGCAGGAGUUGGAGGAUCGCCUGCUUUUGGAAUAACAUCGCCACCCCCUCCCACAAGUCCAUCCCGUGCCACUGUACCGCAGAGUCUCUCUAAUCUUCCUCUGACUCCUUCAGUAAAUACAGCGGUGAAAAAACAACCUAAAAAAUUGGAGGAGAUUCCUCCUGCCAACCAAGAGACUGCUCAGAUGAGAAAGCAGUGUUUGGACCAUCACCACAAGCAGAUGGAGGUUCUGAAGGAGGCUUUUAAGGAAUAUUUGAUUGAACUAUUUUUUUUGCAACAUCUGCAAGGGAAUAUGAUGGACUUCUUAGCUUUUAAAAAGAAACAUUGUGUACCAUUGCAAGCAUACCUGAGGCAAAAUGACUUGGAUCUAGAGGAAGAGGAGGAAGAGGAACAAUCUGAAGUCAUCAACGAUGAGGUAAAGGUUGUGACAGGAAAGGAUGGGCAGACUGGUACUCCUGUUGCUAUAGCAACCCAGCUUCCUCCAAAUGUUUCUGCUGCUUUUUCAUCCCAGCAGCAACCAUUUCAGCAAACACAUACAGGGACUCCAGUAACGGGGACUGUGAAUACCAUAGAAAUUGAAGCUUUUAAGAGACAGCAGGCCCUUGCUCCAGCAGAUUCGUCUAAGAGACCACGAAUUGAAGUGGGCCGUCAUGGGAUGGUUUUUCAGCAUCCAGGUGUGGCUUCAGGAGUUCCUCUUCAACAGCUAAUGCCAACGGCACAAGGUGGAAUGCCUCCCACUCCUCAAGCUGUACAGCUCACUGGACAGAAACAAAGUCAGCAGCAGUAUGACCCAUCCAAAGGCCCUCCUGUGCAGAAUGCCGCAAGUUUACACACUCCUCCGCCUCAGCUGCCGGGGAGGCUGCAACCUGCUAACGUCCCUAUAACAUCUCUCCCAGCUGCAUUGCAGCUUCCACAGCAGCCACCACAGAUUGUUGAAUCUCCAUCUCAGCCCCAGAUUCAAGUGAAGAUCCAGCCACAAAAUGUACCCAUCACUACUGCGCCUCAUGCCCAGGUCCCAGCACCGCUUCAGCAGCAGGUGCAGCCAGCCCUUCAUGUACAAGGACAGACACCAACACAGGCAUCCCAGCUGCAAGCUACAGGACAGCAACAGACUGUGACCCUGACUCGACCAUCUGCAGAUUCUGCCCAAAAUUCCCAGCGUCUUACAGUAAAUUCGCUGCCGCCUACCUCAUCGAUCGCACCAGCAACACUCUCAGGCACAGCACCACUUUCUGCGUACCCAGUGCAAACAAACAGGACAUCGCCAGCAACUAACAAGUCUCUGUCUCCAAUUGCAUCAAAACCUCCAGGCUUGGCAGUAGCUGCAGCACCUAAAACGCAGAGUCCAGCUCAGAAUGCUGCAGUGUUACCACAAGACAGCUCUCAAGACAAGCUUGCUGAACAAGUAAAGCUGGAGAAUCAGAUCCAUCAACGAAUAGCAGAGUUGAGGAAGGAGGGCUUAUGGUCCUUGAGGCGAUUGCCCAAACUCCAGGAGGCCCCAAGACCCAAAUCUCACUGGGAUUAUCUUCUGGAAGAAAUGCAGUGGAUGGCAACUGAUUUUGCUCAAGAGAGAAAAUGGAAGAUGGCAACUGCUAAGAAGAUGGUGAGAACUGUGGCUCGCUACCAUGAGGAAAAGAAGCUCAAUGCAGAGAGAGCCAAAAGAGAGGAACAAAACAAACUGAGACGCAUUGCGGCUUCAAUUGCUAGAGAAAUAGAAUACUUCUGGUCUAACAUUGAACAGGUGGUUGAAAUAAAAUUGCAGAUUGAAUUCCAAGAGAAAAGGAAAAAAGCUUUGAAUUUAAAGAAAAAAUCAAAGAAAGAUAAAGGUGUAAAGUUUGCAGAAGCUAUUUCAUUGGAAAAGGAAAAUGAGAUGGAUUUGUUGUCACCUGGAAGGAAAAGAAAAGCAAGCACAUCCUUGACUGAUGAGGAAGUUGAAGAUGAAGAGGAAACGAUUGCAGAGCAAGAGGCUAAAGAAGGAAAUAUAAACCAUCAAACUGAAUUGUCUAACCUAGCCAAAGAAGCUGAAUUGCCUUUGGAUGACUUAGUAAAGAUGUAUGAAGGUGCCUUUGCAGAGAAUUUUCACUGGCCCCAGCCUAAGCCUGACAAUGAAGAGGAUACUAGUGAAGAAGAAAUGGAAGACCACGCAGCUGACAGGGAGAGCCCUCAGAAGGAAGUGGUCCUCAUAGACUCGCUUCUCAGCAUUGAUCAGUAUAAGGGGAUAGAGAGAUCAAGUCCUCCAAAGAAACAUGCAAGAGACAUAGCAGAAGUUGCUGGUGCUGCAGAAGUGCUGUUACCUAAAGGCAGCGCGAGGAUCACAACAGCGGUAAAAUAUAAUACUCCGUCCCUGUUGUAUGGGACUCUCAGAGAGUAUCAGAAGAUUGGGCUGGACUGGUUAGCAAAGCUAUAUAAGAAGAAUCUAAAUGGUAUUCUGGCAGAUGAAGCUGGGCUUGGGAAAACUGUGCAAGUCAUUGCCUUCUUUGCACACUUGGCUUGCAAUGAAGGUAAUUGGGGUCCUCAUCUUGUUGUUGUACGGAGUUGUAACAUAUUGAAAUGGGAGCUUGAGCUGAAACGCUGGUGCCCUGGGUUGAAAAUUCUUUUGUACUUCGGGAGCCAAAGAGAACUUAGAGCCAAGAGACAGGAGUGGACAGAACCCAACAGCUUUAACGUGUGCAUCACCUCCUAUAAACAACUGUUUAAAGGUCACCAAGCCUUUAUGAAGAUGCGAUGGAAGUACUUAGUUGUAGAUGAGAUGCAGCAAAUUAAAAACAUGACAGAGAAGCACUGGGAGGCACUCUUCAGUCUCCGGAGCCAGCAUCGCUUACUCCUGAUAGACACCCCUUUGCAUAAUACUCUGAUGGAGUUGUGGACCAUGGUGCAUUUUUUAAUUCCAGGAAUUUCCAGACCUUAUCUAGACUUUCCAGUAAAAGCAGCCAAUGAGGAAAACCAGGAUUAUUGCCAUAAACUUGUCAUAAGAUUACACAGAAUGAUUCAACCAUUUAUUUUGCGAAGAUCAAAGAGAGAUGUUGAAAAGCAACUUACGAAAAAAUAUGAGCAUGUGCUAAAGUGUCGUCUUUCUAACCGGCAAAAGGCAAUGUAUGAAGAUGUCAUAUUACAACCAGGAACCCAAGAUGCACUUAAAAGUGGACAUUUUGUCAGUGUCCUCCAUGUUCUGAUGCAGCUGCAAAGGAUUUGUAAUCAUCCGGACCUUAUAAAUCCCAGGUUUUCUAGCUCCUCUUAUGUGUCAGAAGCACUGGAGUAUGGAACUGCUUCACUAAUACUAAAAGCUCUAGAAUCAGAUCUUUGGAAGGAUACAGAUACGUCUCUCUUUGAUCUGAUUGGCAUAGAAAAUAAAAUGACUUAUUAUGAAGCACAAGUUUUGCCAAAACAAAAGGUGACCAGAAAGCUUAUUGAAGAAAUCUAUAGCUCACCACCACCUCCACCCAGACCCAACCCAGUGAAGCUCAAACCAAGCAGGUUGUUUCAACCAGUUCAGUAUGGACAGAAGCCUGAGGGAAGGACUGUUGUUUUUCCAAGCACUCAAGUACAACGCACAGUGACCACAGCUACAGUAACUCAGCAGGGACAAGUCCGAGGGAGAUCUCCCAUUGCAACGGUUUCUGCAAACCAAGCCGCAGCCGCACAGUUUCAGACAACUCAGGCUUCCACCAGUGCUCCAAGACACCAGCCAGCAGCGACCUUCACCACAGCAACUAGCACAGCCAAUCCUGUGAAACAGCGGGGUCAGACCACUGCACAGGCCUCACAGCUAGGCCAGACCCAGCCACAGGCCCCCUCGCACACCAUCCAACAAAGUGUGCUGCCUCAGAGGCUGGUACUGACCUCUCAGGCCCAGGCACGGUUGCCUAGUGGUGAGGUAGUAAAAAUAGCCCAACUGGCCUCCAUAGCAGGAGCUCAAGGCAGAAUCGCUCAGCCGGAGACACCUGUAACACUGCAGUUUCAAGGGAAUAAAUUUACUUUAUCACAUAGCCAACUGCGUCAGCUCACUGCGGGGCAGCCUCUGCAGCUGCAAGGAAGUGUCCUUCAGAUUGUUUCAGCACCAGGCCAGCAGUAUUUGAGACCUCAGGGUCCAGUUGUCAUGCAGACCGUUUCUCAACCUGGAACUGUUCAAAAUGCUUUGAAUGCAUUGGGAAACCAGCAUCAAGCAGGCAUGCCAGCUUCUACAGCAGUAACUCAGCCAGUUUGUAUUCCAGGUCGAACAGCAGUUACUAGCUUAACAUCUGGUGACAUAGGAUCAGCAUUAAAACCUGCACUUGCCCAUGGAGGACAAUCACAGGAAUCACUUGAGGAGAAGAACAGGCUUCUCAAGGAGCGUCUGGACAGGAUAUUUUCGGGCAACGAGCGCCGUUGUUCCAGAGCCCCAGUGUAUGGCAAGGACUUGUUGGGGAUUUGUUCUCUGAUUGGCGAAAGAAAGAUUUCUCAGCAUUGUUCCCCUGGGGACAACAAAUGGAGGUGGGCUGGCUUUGUGAACUGUUGCCUUUCUUCAAGUGCCUCAGGAGGCCCAAGUAACCCACUGCAAGAUCUGAUCUUGACAUUGGAUCAGCAACAGGAAUCCCUGAAGGAUUUUGUUAAUAGGGCUCUAUAUGUGUUGCCAGCUGCAGUCACUGCUCCACCAUGUUUAUAUGUAGCAAAUCCUCCCCCUUCAUAUAAUCACAGAAUGAAAGUCUUUAAGCACAAUCUUAAGCAAAGGGUGGCUCCUUAUUUACAUCAACUGCGACGGAUCAUGACUCCACAUUUGCUACAGUUCCCUGAUCUCCGACUCGUGCAGUACGAUUCAGGGAAAUUGGAAGCUCUUGCUGUCUUACUUCAGAAGCUGAAGUCUGAAGGACGUCGUGUGCUGAUCUUGUCACAGAUGAUUCUGAUGCUAGAUAUCCUGGAGCUCUUCUUGAACUUCCAUUUUCUUACAUUUGUGAGGAUUGACGAAUAUGCCAACCAGGAGCAACGUCAGGAACUGAUGAAAAGUUUCAACCGGGACAAGCGCAUUUUCUGUGCCAUUCUUUCCUCCCACAGUCGUUCCACAGGAGUCAAUCUUGUAGAGGCAGACACUGUUGUGUUCUAUGAUAAUGAUUUAAACCCAGUCAUGGAUGCAAAGGCUCAGGAGUGGUGCGACAGAAUUGGGAGAUGCAAAGACAUCCACAUAUACAGGCUUGUAAGCGGUAAUUCGGUAGAAGAAAAGCUUCUGAAAAAUGGCACGAAGGAUUUGAUCAGAGAAGUAGCUGCUCAGGGAAAUGAUUAUUCAAUGGCCUUUUUAACACAGCAAACUAUUCAGGAAUUGUUUGAGGUUCAUUCUCCUAUGGAGGAUUCUGGUUUUCGAGUCAAAGCAGAGGAGUUUGUGGUACUUUCUCAGGAACCUUCUCCAGCAGAAACAAUUUCACCCAAGGUUGCAAGACCAUUUAUAGAGGCCCUCAACAGCAUUGAACAAGAAGAGGAGCCAGGUGAACAUAUGCCAACAGCAAGGAGUAAAUCAAGAAGAGAAGCUUUAAUUUCAGAGCUCUGCGAGCCAAAAUACGAGGAACCUUCGCAAUUACAGGAAUUAGUUGCUGUUGUGGACCAGCUUACUCCUAUUGAGAAGUAUGCUUUGAAUUAUUUAGAGCUCUUCCAUGUUUCCAUUGAUGAGAGUGAACCAAGAUUAAAUGAGGUGGAACUGAGAGCUACAAAGAAAACAUGGGAGAUUCAGCACGUGAAGCAAGUUAAGGAAAAAGAGGAAAAAAUACUUUGGGAAGAUGAGGAAGAGUUGCUCACCUACACUCGGGAGGAUGCAUACAACAAGGAAUAUGUGUAUGAAGGUGCAGAUGGACAAACAGAAGUCAUGCCUCUUUGGACUCCCCCGACCCCGCCACAGGAUGACAAUGAUAUUUACAUUGAUUCUGUUAUGUGCCUGAUGUAUGAUACCACCCCAAUUCCAGAGUCUAAGUUGCCUCCUGUGUAUGUCAGGAAAGAACGGAAGCGACACAAAACAGAUCCCUCUGCUGCAGGUCGGAAGAAAAAGCAGCGCCACGGAGAGACGGUUAUACCUCCUCGAUCGCUGUUUGACCGGGCGACACCAGCGAUGUUAAAAAUGCGGCGAGAGGGCAAAGAGCAGAAGAAGAACAUACUGCUGAAACAGCAGACGCAGUUCGCAAAGCCAUUGCCAACUCUUGUCAAACCAGCUGCUGAGGCUGGGCAGGACAAUCCUGAGUGGCUGAUCAGUGAAGACUGGGCCCUGCUGCAGGCAGUGAAGCAGCUACUGGAGCUUCCUUUAAACCUUGCUGUUGUGUCACCAGCGCACACGCCUAACUGGGACCUCGUUAGUGAUGUUGUUAACUCCUGCAGCCGAGUGUACCGCUCCCCAAAGCAAUGCCGCAACAGAUACGAAAAUGUCAUUAUUCCCAGAGAGGAAGGAAAGCUAAUGUACGAAGCUAAUCCUAAAAAGAAGACAAAAAGCAUUUAUAAGACUAAAAAUAGUCGGCCGCUUCGUACCAAUCAGAUCUACGCCCAAGAUGAAGGUGCAACCCACACACAGCUGUAUACUAAUCAUUUUGAGAUGAUGAAAAUGAUUGCAGGAAAGAGAAGUCCACCAAGCAAACCUCUACUUGGCAUGAAUCCUUUCCAGAAGAAUCCAAAACAUGCUUCAGUGCUUGCAGAAAGUGGAAUCAACUAUGAUAAGCCACUUCCUCCGAUUCAGGUUGCCUCCCUCCGAGCAGAGCGUAUUGCAAAAGAGAAAAAGGCUUUGGCCGAACAGCAGAGGGCACAGCAGCAGACAGGGCCACAGCCGCAACAGCAGCAGCAGCAGCAGGCCGGCCAGCAGCAAGCACAGCAGCCAGCUGUACAGCAAGCACAAGCCCAGCCUCAACCACAGGCUCAAGCACAGGUAGUUCAGCAGCCACAGGCAGUGGUGCAGACUGCAGUAACUACUGUGGCCAACACGGCAGUAUUGGCUGGUACAAUCAAAACAGCAGUUCCUGGGACAAGUAUACAGACUGCCACAGUGAGUGGGAACGUUAUAGUGAACACAGUUGCUGGGGUCUCUGCUGCUACCUUCCAGCCGAUCAAUAAACGUCUGGCUUCACCAGUCAUUCCUGGAACCCUGACUACUUCUGGAGGUACAGCUACUGCACAAGUGGUACAUACUCAACAGCGAACAGCAGCAGCACCUGCUGCUUCAACUGAAUUGGUCACCAUAGCAACUACACCCGGUGUUCGAGCAGUAACAUCUGUGACGGCAUCAGCAGUGGUAACUACUAACCUCACUCCAGUACAGACCCAGACACGGUCCCUUGUGACUCAGGUUACACCAGCUACCCCGACGGUUCAGCUCUCUGGCAAAACAAUCACCCCUGCCCAUUUCCAGCUUCUCAGGCAACAGCAGCAGCAAGCCGCUCAGGUGCAAGUCCCACAGAUUCAAGCCCAGGCCCAGACCCAGUCUCCAGCUCAAAUAAAAACAGUGGGGAAGUUAUCACAGGAGCAGCUGAUCAAGUUACAGAAGCAGAAACUGCAGCUUCCUCAGCAACAAGCAGCACAGCAGCAGGCCCAGCCAGGGGCCCAACAACAAACCACACAAGUGCAAGUGCAGCAACAGCAGCAAACGCAACAACUCACUGCUGUGACGGCACCAAGGCCUGGAGCUGUCCUUACUGGCACCACCGUGGCGAACCUCCAAGUUGCUCGUCUUACUCGUGUUCCUGCUUCCCAGCUUCAAGCACAAGGACAGAUCCAGGCCCAAACACCUCAGGCGGCACAGGUUGCUUUAGCGAAGCCUCCAGUGGUGUCGGUUCCAGCUGCCGUCGUGUCAUCUGCUGGUGUCACAACGCUCCCUGUUACGGUCGCUGGCAUUAGUGUUGCUAUUGGGCAGCCUCAGAAAGCUGCAGGAGGGCAGACCGUGAUGGCACAGCCCCUCCACGUCCAACAGCUCUUGAAACUCAAGCAUCAUCAGCCGACCCAGCAGCAGAAAGCCAUCCAGCCCCAGGUUGCACAAGGUCAAGCUACUGUGCAGCAAAAGAUAAAUGCUCAGCAAGUGACUGUCCAAGCUCAACAGCAGACAUCGCAGCAGCAGAAAGUAACCUAUACUACACAGCCAGCCAUUAAAACCCAGUUCCUAACAACUCCUAUUUCCCAGGCCCAAAAACCUGGUGGAACCCAACAAGUGCAGGCACAGAUACAGGUACAGGUUGCAAAGAUUCCACAAGUGGUGCAGCAACAGGCUACUGUCGCCAAUAUUCAGCAGAUGGUUUCGGUUUCCCAGCAGGUUCAGGCACAGCCCCAAACCGUGACGCUGUCUCAGACCACUGCAGGCCAGCAACAGGUUCAGGUGAUCCCUGCAACAACUGCAACAGCUCAAGUGGUGCAGCAGAAGCUGAUACAGCAGCAGGUUGUGACAACUGCUUCUCCCCAAAUCCAAGCCUCCGGUGUGCCGAACCCAGUCCAGGCCCCCGUAACCUCGGAAGCACCAAAUCAGCAAGCAAAGGUGCAAAUGAGGACACCUACGGUCAGAUUAAAGGCACCCACCAAACCGAGCUGAACUAGUAAUUCAAUUGCAAUAAGCAGGGAAAAGCAGUAUUUCAUGUUUGCCAAGCCCCCCUGGUGAGGCAAGCAGCAGGUUCUCCGCGGAUCCUCAUUCCAACCAAGACAAAUCGCCUCUAUUGUUUUUAAAUUGAAGGGUUUUGCUGGUGAACAUUUCAACACGGGGAAACUCUCCAAGCAUUUUAGCGGGUCAGAAAAACGUUUCACCCGAGGCACGUUCCACUCCAGCAGAGACUCUCCUCGUCUGCAGACGUCAUAACUUCUGCCCAGCUUCAUGAAAACCAAACCACGGAUCCCUUCAGUGUCAGUCUAAUUCAUCUAUGUUAGCGUAUUGUAUAAUUGCCAAUGAGCAAGUGCAAUCCUUUGCUAUAAUGUGGACGAGUGUUUAUUGUCCAUUGCAAAGCCACACAGACAGUUGAUGUGUGGUGAGCAUAGCAGAGUAUUUCCACCUGUCUGACAGCUGCAUGUAGCGCUCACUUGCGGUGACCAUCCAUCAGAACUCCUUUCUAUUGAAGUGCUCCCUGCAGAGUUUAGCCAAUAAAUGUGAAACCUUGUAAGUACGUGUAAUUAAGAAGAACCAUGUUUCAUUCUCCAUUUUUGUAAGUCUUUUAAAAUGUUUGUUAGUAGUUUUGUGUACAGUUUCCUGAAGCAGCCAACCUGUGCCCUCGCUCUCAUACUUCACUUUAAGAUGAUAGAUAUUCUAGGCAUGAACUGAAUAAAUGCUGUGUUGAUAGUAGAUGUGUAUUAAAGUGUAGCCCAUUUUUAUGGAAA